AUGUCCGCAUUUGCAAUCAGACAAUCUACCUUCAAGACGUUCAAGGGCAAGAGCUUCCUCUUUGGAGUGGCCGGUGCCGGAGUCUUGACUUAUUUGUACAACAACAACUUCAGCAACAAUAACAAUAACAAGAAUAAGAACUCGAACAACACCGUCAAGGCGUUAUUUGGUGGCGCUACUGCGGGCAGAGCAGCCUCAGUGCCUGAUGGAAAGACUUUCAAGGACUACCAAGGUGUUUACAAUGACAUUGCUGCUAAAGUGAGAGAAGAUGACGAUGUUGAUGAUGGUGCUGGUCGUUACGGUUUAUUAACGCGUCUUGCAUGGCAUUCGUCUGGUACUUUCGACAAGAAGACUAAAGCUGGUGGUUCUUAUGGUGGUACUAUGGUCUACGCUCCAGAAGCCACCGACGGUGAGAAUGCCGGCUUGGAAGUGGCCAGAGACUUCUUGUAUGAAUUCGAUGUCAAGUACCCAUGGCUCUCUAGAGGAGACUUGUGGACUUUGGGUGGUGUGGUCGCAGUACAGGAAAGUGGAGGUCCUAAGAUCAAGUGGAGACCAGGUCGUGUCGACUCCACCGACCGUAGUCUUGUUCCUAAGAACGGUUUUUUGCCAGAUGCCUCUAAGGAGGACGCCAAGUACGUGAGAGGUGUGUUCAGUAGAAUGGGUUUCUCUGAUCAGGAGACCGUUGCUUUGAUUGGUGCUCACUGUUUGGGUCGUUGUCACGUUAACAGAUCUGGUUUCGACGGUCCAUGGAGUAACUCGUUCAACAUGUUCACCAACGAUUUCUACGUCCAGUUAUUGGAGGGCUGGCAUAUCAGAAAGUGGGGCGGUAAGAGACAAUAUCAGGAUGACGACUCCAAUCAACUCAUGAUGUUGCCAACCGACAUGGUAUUGAAGACCGAUAGUCUGUUUGUGAAGUACGUCAAGCAGUACGCUAAGGACCAAGAUUUGUUCUUCUCGGACUUCUCUAAGGCAUUUACCAAGUUGCUUGAGAACGGUAUUGACUUCAAGGGCAAGGAACACUGGGAGUUCAAGACCUUGGAUGAGCAGGAGGAGUAA